UCAAUCAAUGGGACAAUUAGCAGCUGUCUUACCUGAAGCCGUGGCGCUGCUCCGCGGCGUCACUCGACCUUCAUGUCGCCAAAAAGACUCCGCGCGACUCGUGCGGGAGCAUCAGUGGCGCCAAAGCCAAGUGGGACAUGUUCACACUUCCGACACCCUGAGCGGCAGGUUGGUGACCCGCCAGAAGCCGAACUGAGCCGGGCCGAGGAGAGGACCCGAAUCGAACCGAACCGAACCGGCUGAGCUCAAAGUGGACUAAAUCGAGGCUGAACGUCACUUUCAUGGUUCUUCUGGGGGGUUCUGGGGCGCCCUUCCUGCCGCUGCUGGUGCUCCUCCUCCGCGGAUCUCCGGGAGACGCCGAGACGGUGUGUCACUGCAACGGGAAGUCCUUGUGUCACUGCGAUGGGGUGAAAGGUCAAAAGGGGGAGCUGGGUUACCCGGGAUACGGUGGGCUGCCGGGAGUGAUGGGUUACCCCGGCAACGAGGGAGGCCAAGGUCCUGAAGGAGAGAAGGGUCAGCGGGGCCUUGCAGGGCGUGUCGGACUGAAAGGCUCUCGGGGUAUUUCAGGACCACCAGGUUUUCCAGGACCCCCAGGCCUGCCGGGACUUCCUGGUCGUGAGGGGUCCACGGGACGGGCAGGGGUCCCAGGAUGCAACGGGACCCAGGGUGAAGACGGCUUCCCUGGUUUUCCUGGACGUCCAGGACCUGUUGGCUUUGAAGGCCGGCCUGGACUGAGAGGAGCCAAGGGAGACUCCGUCACCUUCCCAGAUUCUCCCGGCAUUAAAGGAGCACCAGGGCGCCAAGGACCCGAUGGAGCUUUGGGCUUGACCGGAGAGCCGGGUGGACCAGGUCUUCCAGGACCUCAAGGACCUGCUGGACUUCCUGGAAGUCCAGGUCUUCCAGGGUCCCCGGGAGAAAAGGGUCAAGAGGGUCCCAGUCCGGUGAUCCCAGGUCCCCAAGGUCAGAAGGGGGGUCGUGGACCACCAGGAGUUCCCGGCCAAAAAGGAAUCAAAUUGUAUGCAGAAGGACCCAAAGAACUGAAGGGCGAGCCGGGUGAUGUUGGGGAGAAAGGUUGUCCUGGACCUACGGGUCCACCGGGGAAAACGGGCCUUAAAGGAGACAAGGGCGGGCGAGGUGACCCUGGUACACUGGGAAAACAAGGAAAGGACGGGCUCCUCGGAGAACUUGGGCAACCGGGAGAACCAGGAGAUCGAGGGUACCUGGGCCCCCCAGGCAUCGAUGGAGCACAGGGCGAGAAAGGCGACUUUGGUCCUCCGGGUCCUCCAGGCGAGAUUUUUUUGAAGCACACAUUCCUGAAGGGUCAGCCUGGUGUUUCCGGGCCACCCGGACCAGCAGGAGCCCCCGGCGAACCAGGACUUAUCGGGUUCCCUGGACAGCAGGGCGAGCCAGGGGAGGGUCCACCUGGUCAACCGGGUCCUAAGGGACCACCUGGCUUUACAGGCCCAAAAGGAGAACCAGGGGAGCCUGGGCCGUUUGUUAUUGGCCGUCCAGGACAACCUGGGGCCCCAGGAGCUACAGGGUCUGAGGGAGAACCAGGAGAACCAGGAAUACCAGAAUUACUGCAAGGAGAUGUUGGACUUCCAGGUGCCAAAGGUUUGAAAGGCCUGAUGGGACCUCCGGGGACCAGAGGACAGGAAGGCCCGGAAGGCCAGAAGGGGGACGUGUGUUUGGUCUGUCCGGUUGUCGUGGGACCCCCUGGACCUCCAGGCGAACCAGGGAAACCAGGUGCAGAUGGGCAGAGAGGUGCACCUGGCACUCCUGGACCCAAAGGUCACAAUGGGGUGAAAGGUAUUGCCGGAGUACCUGGUCUACAGGGCCUCUUUGGCAUCCCAGGACAGCCAGGAGCUCCUGGUUCAACAGGUGUACCUGGCAUUGUGAGGAGGAUCGGACAGAAGGGUGAUGUUGGGGACCAAGGAAUCACUGGACCUCCAGGCCGUGAGGGUGCAGAAGGAUCAUCUGGAAUACCAGGACCUAACGGGACACCAGGACUGAAGGGAAACCUUGGACCCCAAGGACCAAAAGGUGACAGAGGUCCUGUUGGAGAGACUGGUCCUAGGGGCCAGAUAGGACAAAUGGGGCCAUCAGGGCUUCCAGGCAUCGGGGUUCCAGGACCUCCAGGACCCCCAGGUGAUGUUGGAGUUUUAGGCCAGCGAGGAGAUCCCGGUAAACCAGGAGAAAAAGGUUCUCCUGGUGAAAUCAUAACCAUUCAGGGAGAUCCUGGCCAGAAGGGGAUAAAGGGUUCAUCUGGGAAUCCUGGACCAGAAGGUGUGAUGGGACCCCCUGGGAAUCUUGGACUGGUAGGUCUGAAGGGAGAAAAGGGAGAGGAAGGAUUUACUGUCCAGGGUCCUCCAGGCUUCCCAGGGGUGAAGGGACUCAAGGGCCUUCCAGGAGGUCCAGGUUUGGCAAGUUACGGAAGCAAGGGGCGCUCUGGACCAUCAGGGCCUCCGGGAAGACCGGGCUUGAAGGGGGAUGCUGGUUUUGGUUUUCCGGGUCAGCUCGGCCAAUUAGGGCCACAAGGAGAAGAUGGCUCUCUGGGACCACCAGGAUCUGAAGGUCCCAGAGGGACUUUUGGAGUUCCAGGAUCUGCUGGGUUGGAUGGACUUCCAGGUCCCAAAGGUUGUAGUGGUCUGGAUGGUGUUCCAGGACCGCCUGGUCCUGUUGGAUCUUGUUUUCCAGGAAGACCUGGAUCUUUAGGAAGGCAAGGUCCGAUGGGACUCAUCGGCUUCCCAGGAACCAGAGGUCAAAAGGGCCAGCUAGGUGAUCCUGGACUGCCUGGCAUGGGAGCCCUCGGACCCCAAGGACCAUUUGGGGUCCCGGGAUUUGAUGGAACUCCAGGUCUGCCAGGAGCCAUUGGGUUGAAGGGACAGAGUGGGACCAAUGGUCAACCAGGAAUCCCAGGUAUCAGAGGAGACAUGGGUCUUCCAGGAGUCCAUGGAAGUCCGGGGGACAUAGGGAAGCCAGGAGAGGCUGGGAGUCCUGGGCCGCAAGGUCAGGUGGGUGUAGAUGGUACCACAGGUUCCCGGGGGCCACCAGGGCCUUGGGGAAACCCAGGGGAGAUAGGACCGAAAGGGGAACAGAUCACUGUGCAGAUGUAUGGAGACCCUGGAGACCUUGGAGAGCCUGGAACUCCAGGUCUGAGUGGUGCUAUAGGCAAUCAGGGUACCCCAGGAUCUCCAGGUCGUGACGGCACCAACGGUAGACCUGGAAGUGCUGGACCUCAAGGACUUCCUGGAGAACCUGGUAGAGAUGGAGAGAUAGGCCCUCCUGGUUCCUGUGGUCUUCCCGGCAAUCGUGGUGAUCUCGGAAAGCCAGGUUGCAAAGGGGAAAAGGGAUCUUUAGGGCCUUGUGGAAAUCCCGGGUUUGAUGGAAAUGUUGGACUGGAGGGACUAAAGGGUGCAAAAGGGGAACCCAGUUUACCUGGACCUGGACCUAAAGGACAGUCUGGAGAGAAGGGACAGCCAGGUUGUCCAGGUCCUCCAGGUACACAGGGGACCCCAGGAAAUAGAGGAGACGAUGGUCCUCCAGGAGAUUGUGGUCCCUGUGGCCCUAAAGGAAACACUGGACCUCCUGGAUGCAGAGGUCCACCGGGCUCUUCUGGUAACAAAGGUUGUGAUGGGCCUCCAGGGGUCAGCGGACCUCCAGGACCUAGCGGACUUACAGGUAACAAGGGGGCUCCUGGAGAUCCUGGUUUACCUGGGUUCAGAGGUAGCCAGGGACAGGAUGGAAUACCAGGACCUCCUGGGGAAAAAGGAGCCAUGGGAGGACCUGGAAUCGGAACCAGAGGAGCAGAAGGGACAAAAGGUCCACCAGGUUGUGCUGGAGAAAAGGGAUCCUCUGGUACGUGUGGUCAUCCAGGGCCAUCUGGUCCCGAAGGAAAUCCAGGUUGUCCUGGACCUCCUGGGUCCCCUGGACCUCCUGGUCUUCGUGGCAGGCCGGGACUCUGCACUGAAGGAGAUAAUGGAGGAAAAGGACUAAGUGGAGAGCGAGGGACCACAGGUCCGCCGGGUUGUCGAGGUCCUCCUGGUCCUCCAGGUCCUGGACUUAAAGGAGAGAAGGGAACUAAAGGGGCAACAGGUAACCCUGGAAUACCUGGUUGCCAUGGGGAUCUUGGCCAGCAAGGCAGGCCGGGUGAAGACGGACCACAAGGAGUACCGGGACUUAAAGGCCUGAUGGGAGAAACCGGUGUUACAGGACCUGUCGGUAUGAAGGGCGAGGAUGGUCCUCCGGGCCUCAAAGGUUCUCAUGGACCUCCAGGACAACCUGGGAGACAAGGAGAAAGGGGAAAGGACGUGUCCAGAGAGGUGGUGGCCUUGCCAGGAGACCAAGGAUUGCCAGGAGAUGAGGGACUUCCAGGAGAACCAGGGAGCCCAGGAACCAGAGGGAGACCUGGUAGUACAGGCCCUAAAGGUAGUCAAGGGGUGGCUGGGCGGAUGGGCUGGCCUGGUUUUCCUGGGAUAAAAGGGGACAUGGGUGACAGAGGAGUACCAGGAACAACAGGUGUCAUGGGUACACAAGGUCCUAUGGGUGGAAAAGGUCCUCGGGGUUCCCCAGGUCCAUGUGAGGAUGUACCAAAGAAGGACGGCUUCCUGUUCACCCGGCACAGUCAGGAGGUUUUUGUCCCGGAAUGCCCUGCAGGAUCCAGCAAAGUGUACAGCGGAUUUUCCCUGCUUUUCAUCAACGGGAACAACCGAGCUCACGGACAAGACCUGGGUGCUUUAGGGAGUUGUCUGCCUCGUUUUAGCACCAUGCCCUUCCUCUUCUGUAACACGGACAACACCUGUCGCUACGCCGCGCGUAACGACUACUCCUAUUGGCUCUCCACCCACCAACCGGGGCUCAGCACCAUGGCCUUCAUCUCAGGGCCGCUACUGAAGAAUUACAUCAGCCGGUGCACGGUGUGUGAGGCCACGGCCAACGUGAUCACGGUCCACAGUCAGACCCGUGAGCUUCCACCGUGUCCGUCUGGAUGGGACUCCCUGUGGUCCGGUUUCUCCUUUGUCAUGGAAACCGGCGUGGGGGCCGAGGGCUCGGGCCAGCCGCUCUCGUCGCCUGGAUCCUGUCUGGAGAACUUCCGCAAGAUCCCGUUCAUCGAGUGCCACGGCAGGGGGACUUGUAACUUCUACACCGACUCGUACAGCUACUGGCUCGCCGCUCUCAACCCGGACGACAUGUUCAGCAAGCCAAGACCUCACACGGAAGCUGGAGACCUUCCAGAAGACUUCAUCAGUCGCUGCAGAGUGUGCUCCAAGCGUCUGUGAACACCUGGUCUCGGUCUGUCGCCGUGCCAACAAGACCGCUAGUUGUUUUAGCAACAGCACCAGUGAGGGGUCCUCUUGACUAUGGCUCCCACCAGUUCCACCAGUGCUAGAAAUAUAACUAUAAUGUGUGUGUGCGUGUGUGUGUCACUUAACUUCCAUUCAAGCUCACUUGCCUCAAGUUGUCGUGGUUCUCGGAAGCACUUAAAAGACAGCCGGGGCCUAAUGAAAUGCAAACAUCGCAGUGUGAUGUCAUCAGCGUCCUACCAUGCCUCAUGCCGGCAGCUCCUUAGCGAUGGCUGACUGUUAAUAUGUUACCGUGGCAACCAGCUGCCGCAAAGACUUCUCCAUUAGAGCGGACCAGGUGGGGUGGGGGUGGGUUUCCAUUAAAGAAUAAAUGACGGCUUUUAUUCCCCCCCCCCCCCCCCCCCCCCCCCACUCACAUGGUGUUCUUGUUUGUGACCGAGUUGGGUCUGGUGGUUUUGGGACACAUGACCCACAUUUAGGUUAGAAUCGGUAUCGGAUCAAUCCUCGACUUCUCGGUUUUCUUCUGUGUUAAUUGUCAUAAAUGUCUGGUUUUUUUA